AAGGCAACAGAAAGCCCAUCGGCUCGGCAAUGCGUGCGGGCGGAGCGCAGCGCGGUGAAACCUUUAUUUUUGUACUGUUGUGGUUGGACGAAAUACGCGAACCGGUUCAGAUCUUUCCCUCGCAGUAUUACUGGAUUUAUAAACGCCUUUUUGAAAAUGUACGAACGUUUGGAUCCUCGAGGCGAUCGAGAAAGAUUGUCUCGAGACAAAAUGGGUAGUGCUGUUUAAUUGCUCGCUGGCGUUUUCCGCCUUUGGGUAAGGAUUGUACCAGAACCAGCUUUUGGGGCUUUUUUGCGUUUGAAUCCAACUGCGCACCCCAGACGGAUCACGUGGGCCUGGAGUUGAUCGAUUUGCACAAAUAUUCAUGAAAAUAUACAAGGGGAAACGAUAUUUGUUGCCCGGAUAAACGACGGCUUUUCAAAGAAAAUCAGCGGUUGGGAUUGCUUGCCGGCGUUUGUACGUAGCACACUUCUAAAAUGGAGACGCACAUUUCGUGUCUCUUUCCGGAAAUUUUAGCCAUGAUUUUCAGCUACUUGGACGUGAGGGACAAAGGUAGGGUGGCCCAAGUCUGUGCUGCUUGGAGGGACGCCUCCUACCACAAGUCGGUCUGGAGAGGGGUGGAAGCUAAGCUGCAUUUGAGGAGGGCCAAUCCUUCGCUCUUCCCGAGUCUCCAGGCCCGGGGAAUCCGGAGAGUCCAGAUUCUCAGCCUGCGGCGCAGCCUCAGCUACGUGAUACAGGGGAUGCCGAACAUCGAGAGUCUAAACCUCAGCGGCUGCUAUAACUUGACGGACAACGGCCUGGGACACGCUUUCGUGCAGGAGAUCCCUUCCUUGCGGGUACUCAACCUCAGCCUGUGUAAACAGAUCACGGACUCCAGCUUGGGUCGGAUCGCACAGUAUCUGAAGAACCUGGAGGUGCUGGAACUUGGCGGCUGCAGCAAUAUCACCAACACGGGCCUGCUGCUCAUUGCGUGGGGCCUGCACCGGCUGAAGAGCCUCAACCUCCGCAGCUGCCGGCACGUGUCGGACGUCGGCAUCGGGCAUCUGGCCGGCAUGACCCGGAGCGCGGCCGAAGGAUGCCUUAACCUGGAAUACCUGACCUUGCAGGACUGUCAGAAACUAACAGACCUGUCCCUCAAACACACCUCCAAAGGCCUGACUAAGCUCAAAGUUCUCAAUUUGAGUUUUUGCGGCGGGAUAUCAGACGCGGGCAUGAUUCACCUGUCCCACAUGAACAGCCUUUGGAGUCUUAACCUCCGCUCCUGUGACAACAUAAGCGACACGGGCGUCAUGCACCUCGCCAUGGGUACGUUGAGACUGUCGGGACUGGACGUGUCUUUUUGCGACAAGAUAGGCGACCAAAGCCUGGCCUACAUCGCCCAGGGUCUUUACCAGCUGAAAUCUCUGUCCCUGUGCUCGUGCCACAUAAGCGACGACGGCAUCAACAGGAUGGUGCGCCAAAUGCACGAGCUCAGGACUCUGAACAUCGGCCAGUGCGUGCGGAUUACAGACAAAGGACUCGAACUCAUUGCGGACCACCUGACUCAAUUGACUGGGAUUGAUCUGUAUGGAUGUACAAAAAUCACUAAACGGGGGCUGGAGAGAAUCACCCAGCUCCCCUGCCUUAAAGUGUUAAACCUGGGCCUGUGGCAGAUGACGGAGAGUCACACUGAAAAAGUCAGGUGAAAUUCCCUAGGAUUUCGGAAGAGGAGGGAAGGAGUGGGUGGGCGGGGUUUCAUAAUUUUAAAGAGGGUCGGUUUGCCGAACCUCACAGGUAAAUAUUUUUGCAAUUCAACUUUAAAACUGUGACAGAUUUAUUUUAUACAAAUAAUGAUUAGCCCAUCACCCCGCAUGUAAUUUAAAAAAAGCAUUAUUACAUGCCUAGUAAGGACAUUCGCAAUUUUAUAGUCCUUUAAAUUCGUUUGUUUCACCUCUUCACAUAUAGGCUAAGUUAAAUGUAACGUAUAAAACGUUUUGGCUACCUCGUUCAUUUAUUAAAUACCCUGUAUUCUUUAUAAGAAAAAGAAAAGGAGACGAAUCGUGCCUAGUAAAUAGACCCCUCCCCCACUGCGUCUCCGAGAAUAACAAAAUAAAUAUUUUUUUAACUCGUUUUGCUGACUUUUCUUCGAAUACUUGACCAAUAAUAGACGUACAAGUAUUUCGAAACCCUGGCUGCUUAAUUCCGAAUAAACCAAGUUUAUGCAAAGACAGAAAAAAACACAUUUCUGAAUACAAAAGCCUUUCGUUUUUUUUUUUUUUUGUUUUUUUUUUCGUUGAAGCACAACUUACAGGCCUCGAAGCCUUGGAUUCAAGCUUUGAAUAAGAACUAUCUGCAGCUGUUGUGUUUAUGCUUACGUAAGCAGAUUUUUAAAAAAACCAAUUAAUGGCUAUAAUUCAGAGCAUUGUAGGAUACUUCAAAUUGAAGUGAUUUCUUUUUUUAAAAACGCCAUGUUACGAAUCAGCUGUUUUUCGUUCUCGACUGAUUUGUGACGAAUCGAGAAUUUGGGUUCGCUCCCUCCUUUAAAAUGGCCAAACUAUAUUUGUAUUGGCUAAUUCAAUAAAGACGUUCGUCUGAAAGAUGUUGUUAAAGGAGGCUUCGAAAAAAAAAAAAAAACAAGAAUCGGUUGAUUUGACUUUUUUUGAUUUGGUGGAUCAGGCCUAUGGAACAUCAUAUUGUCAAUCUGCAGCAUCUAUGGAGUCCUGCUGAAACGCUACCGUGUUGAAAUGUACUGUAAGUGUAUUUGUAAAAAAAAAAAAAAUUCAAAUUGUUUUAUAUUCUUACAGCAAACAUUAAAGUUGAUAUUUAUAUAAUAAAGUCGGUGAAUAUCAAUUGUA